CUUUGACGUUUAGAUGAACUUGAUAAUUGAAAUGCCUAAUUAGCUACGUACUAUAUACUAUAUAGUAUAUACCAUUUUCUCUCCUCUUUAUAUAUUCCUAUUUCAUCUCAUUCUUCUAAGUCGUUCGCCUUCCAUUUAUUCCGUUCGAUCCGAUCAGAUCCAUCUUUUUUUCAGAGAAGUUUUGUCUUUCUUCAGACCAUUUCUUCCCCUAAACGCUAUAUAUAGAGACGAAAGUUGCUGAGUCUGAUAUAAUUUGGUGACGAUUGAGUUGUGUUAGAGGAUUGGGAUAAAGGAAAAAAAAAUAAUGGGGUUUUCAUUUCCGUUAAAGUUCUUGAUCGUCAUUGUUUCCGUUUCGAUCUUGUUAGUGUUGCCGGUGAAUUCCACGUCCAGGAAUAAUGGGAUCAAACGGAGUAGAGGGUUUCAGGUGAGUCUCCGGCACGUGGACUCCGGCGGGAACUUCACGAAACUCGAGCGUUUGCAGCGUGCCAUGAAGCGCGGGAGGCACAGGCUCAACAGGCUGAGUGUGUUGGCGGCGGUGGGGCCGUUGGCGGAGGACGCCGACGUGAAGUCCCAGAUACACUCCGGCUCCGGCGAGUUUUUAAUGGAGCUGUCCAUCGGGACUCCGCCGUCGCCGUUCGAGGCUAUUCUGGACACCGGAAGCGACUUGGUUUGGACGCAGUGUAAGCCUUGCCGGCAGUGUUUCACACAGAAAUCGCCGAUUUUCGACCCGAAGAAAUCGUCUUCCUUCUCCAAACUCCCCUGCGGCCACAAGCUCUGCGCGGCGCUGCCGAUGUCGUCGUGCGACGAAGGCUGCGAGUACACGUACGCCUACGGCGAUUAUUCCACGACUCAGGGAACUAUGGGGUCGGAAACGUUCACGUUCGACGAUAAAGUUUCAAUCCCAAACGUCGCGUUCGGUUGCGGCGACGAUAAUGAAGGGACCGGAUUCAGUCAAGGCGCCGGCCUCGUCGGCCUCGGCCGGGGACCAUUAUCGCUGGUCUCUCAGCUCACCGAGCCAAAAUUCUCCUAUUGCUUAACCGCCAUCGGCGGCGGCGACGGCAUCGACGACACCAGCGCAAAGAGCACGCUCCUAAUGGGAUCUCUCGCGGGAAUCAAACCCGGGAAAUCCGGAAAGGUUGUUACAACCGCUUUGGCGAAAAACCCGUUACAGCCCUCCUUCUACUACAUCACCCUCAAAGGAAUCACCGUCGGCGGCACGCGCCUCCCGAUCCCGGAGUCUUCCUUCAACCUCGCCUCCGACGGGAGCGGCGGGAUGAUAAUCGACUCCGGCACCACCAUCACGUACCUGGAGGGGAAAGCAUUCGAGGCGGUGAAGAAGGAGUUCGUUAAGCAAAUGGAUCUCCCGGCGGACACUUCCGGAUCAACGGGGCUGGAGCUGUGCUUCACGCUCCCGGCCGACGCCGAUGACAUCACCGUCCCGAAAAUGAUCUUCCACUUCGACGGCGAAGACGCGGAUCUAGACCUCCCCGGCGAGAACUACAUAAUCGCCGACAAGAGCUCCGGGAUGGCGUGCUUGGCCAUGGGAAGCUCCGGUUCAAUGUCCAUAUUUGGCAACGUGCAACAGCAGAAUAUGCUGGUGGUUCAUGAUCUUACCAAGGAGACUCUCUCUUUUGUACCAACACAAUGUGAUCAAUUGUGAUGAUUCACAAUAACUUGCAACUCGAUCAUGGUGUCAUGCAUAUAUAUGUUGGGAGAUUUUAAAAAUCUCGACCUAAAUUAUCAGGUUAUACUUUGUGGUUUGUUAAAUUAUUGUACUUUAUAUUUAAAGUACAAUAUUUGAGACACAAAAUAUAACUCACUGGUGCAAGUUAAAAUGCAGCAAUCGCAUUUUAAAAAGUUUGUU